GACGAUGAAGAGCAACAGCAGCAGCAGCAACAACAGCUGCAACAGCAGCAGGAUCCCGGUCGGUUGCUGAGGUGUAAGGAACUCCUCAAGUCGCUCAAGGAGAAUCAACUGGAGAUGCUGCUCACCGCCGUCGAGAGCUACGGCGCCGACCUAAGCUCUUGCGUUCUCGUGCCGCGUCAGGUCGAGGAUUAUCCGUACGAUCAGCAGCACGAACAGCAACAAUAUCACGGCAGCAGGCCGCAUCGUCAUCAUACCCGUCAUUUUCAUCAGCGCCGUUAUCGUCAGUAUCGGCAUCACCGCUCCAGCAGGCAUCAUCGCUCGUCCUCCGUCGAGGACGAUCAGGAGAGUUGCUGCUCCGCGUCGGAGGAUUCCUCCUCUGCGUCGCCGAUGAGAUCGGCGAGAAACGGUAGCAGUGCCGUCGUGCCGAUGAGAGGAUCAGCGGUCGAGAGAAGCACCGGCGCUCCGUACGACCCGCACCUCCUUUGUUGCCAGAUCUGGCGGUGGCCGGAUCUCGAGCACUCCUCGGAGCUUAAGAGACUACCUAUAUGUCAUUCCGCUAAAGAUCCCGUAUACAUAUGCUGCAACCCUUAUCACUGGAGCCGACUCUGCAGACCCGAGUCGCCACCACCCCCGUAUUGCCUUAUCGCCGAUAGACUGAGACCCGAAGAUUGUGCACCCAGUGAAGGGGAUCAACGUCGGUGCAGAAACAGCACGCCUCUGCCACUUCCCGGCUCGCUUACCACCAACGGAGAAGGUGAGACAGGACAGAGGGAAUGGUGCACCUUGGCGUACUGGGAAUUGGGCGGCCGAGUUGGUCGUUUGUAUCCCGUGGAACCAUCGACAGUGAAUGUCUUCGACUCUCUUCAUGAUGGCGACGGUCUCUGUUUAGCGACUCUGGUUGAAAAUCACAAUGCUCCGCCCGCGGUCCAGCGUACGCGCAGCAAAAUCGGUCUUGGGCUAACGCUCAGUCAGGAAGCGGACGGUGUAUGGGCGUACAAUCGGUCGGAGAGCCCAAUCUUCGUGAACUCGCCCACCUUGGACGAUCCGGAAUCGAGGACGUUACUGGUUUACCGAGUGCCACCGGGUUUCUGUCUCAACAUCUUUGACCGCGCCAAGAUCAUGCAGCUUCCAUACGGCGGCGGCGGCGGUCAGGCCGCUGGUUUUACCACCUCCGGCCCCGUCGACAUUAACUCCGUCCGCAUCAGCUUCGCCAAAGGCUGGGGACCCAAGUAUUCGCGGCAGGAAGUCACUUCCUGUCCGUGUUGGCUCGAGGUGCUCCUGGCGCCGUGUAGGUGAUUAUCCCCAAGACUGGCCAGGCCGAAGAGUAUCGUCAAGUCCCGUUUUCAACUCGCGCCUCUUGCUCCUCCUCGUCGUCAUCGUCAUCGUUGUCGUCGUUGUUCUCGAAGAGGAUCGGUGAUAAUGAUGCGGCGACCGUGGCCUUUAGCUCCGUCCUAGCGAGAGCUGUGUUAAUAAUAAAUAAAAAGAACACGUGUGUGUGUGCGCCGGGGGCGAUCCUCAGCAGCACGUGCCGGGGUCGUCCCAACAACCCCAGCAGUCUUACCAAAGUACACGCCGUUAAAAUAAUACGUUUAGGAACAACGUCGCGUUCCACUUUCGUCAAUAGAAUGAGAGACGGGAACGAACGAGAUCGUUCGCGAGCGUGUUCAUCGAGCGCGUAUGAACGGAGAGAUUCACAUCGAGACUUAUACGAAUGGGACUUAGGAUCAUUAUGAUGUGUGCGUUUGAUUCGUAGUUUUUCUUUUUUUAAUUUUAUUCUCUGAUUGCUUAGGCGUCGAUGCUAUUCUCGAGAUUCGUGUGAGAAUUUCCGACAGAGGAAGCGCAGAGAGUUCCGGUAGGGCUUCCGGUAGGUCUAGUCACUUGCGUUUAUGGUCUACGCGCGCUAACUCGCGAAUCGCGCGCGUGGAUUCUGAAUUCAACAUGGCAGGGAAAAUUCUUAGUCUCGUAAAGAUGAAGCAUGGAGCAAAGAGUAACAUCGACGAAACAGAGAAGAUAAACAGUAGAUAAAGAGUAUCUAUUUCAUGAUCGCUCUUUAAAAAAUAUUUUUUGGAUAAUCGCUUUUGUCAGUUGUUUAAAAAAAUUCAGAGAACAGCAGGGAUUUAUUGGCAUUUAAUAAUAAACAAAGAAGAUAGUUAUUCAAUACACGUAGCACAGAAAAUAAUUGAACAUCCCUGUUCUUUGAUAAUUUUUGAUAAGUUAAAAAGAAACUUAUCAUGAAUUUUUUUUGUACAUAAAUUCGUUAUUUCGUAGAACUUAUGUUAUUGACAAAAGAGAUAAAU